AUCGAGGGGUACCGCCCGCCGCUGCCUGGCCUCGGGAGAGGGAAGCUGACGCGGGGAACGAAAGGGUUUUCUUCCUGCGGCAGCUGCCGAGCGAGAACUGCAAGCUUAGAGAAGGGAAGAAGCGACUCUCUGGCGGAAAUGGCCAGCACUGUGACAGAGCAUGGAAAUGUGAGGAUCAUCACUCAAACAGUCCCACAGACAGGCUCUGUGCCAACACCGGCAGCUACAGUCAGAGUGGUUGACUCUGCUUCCGGGGCAUCUCAGUUUGCACUAACCCAUAACAAAAAGAUCAAGAAUACUCUGCUCAAUGUGAUUGGGAUCAUGCAGAUUGCUUUUGGGGUUACCCACGUGAGCUUUGGCAUUGCCCUGACAGCAGCUCAAAAAAGCUUCAGCGUCACUGUGCAAAGUGGCAUUUACUUCUGGAUUGGGGUCCUGCUCUUGAUCACUGGGUCUUUGUUGGUAGAAGUUGAGAAAAGACAAUCUGUUCAACUAGUGAAAUCUGCUUUCUUUGCCAACUUGAUAUUUUGUGUCGCUGGAUUGAUUGCAAUAGUCCUACAUGGUAUUGAGAUUGCACAAACUGUUAAAGAAGGAAACCCAUGUGACUUGAACCCCAGUCUCUACUGCCGAAAUUAUCAUCAGAUUAUAUUGUAUGGCCUGAACUCUGUGUUCAUCAUCUUUGUGCUUCUUGAAGUAUUCUUGGCUGUCAUGGCUGUGAUUAGGCUCAAGACUCAAAGGCAACAGAUCUAUCAACCAAUGGCAUCAUGAAGACAAGUGGUUUCUCUCCUCCUGUCGCACCGUGCUGAAUAUUUACUCUAGCGGCUUCCCUGGCUUAAAGCUAUAUGAGUGUGAGCUUCCUACCAUCUCUUUACAUUUUCAGUAAAGCUUCCCUUCCCUUGCUAAAUCCCAAAGAUCUGUCUCCACCUAGAAAUGGAGAACAAGUUUUGUAUUGGUUUAUUAUGAGCUUCUCCUAUAUACCAUAGGAAAGCCACAGGUCUGUCCCAAACACAAGGCCUGUUACACUCCCUGCAUUAUGAAAUAUCCUCUGUAGUUUCAUCAACUUGCAUAUCCUGACAAGAACCAAUCUUGAUGUGUGCUAGGGGUUCUCAGUGUAGAUUUUAUCAUAGCUUUACCAUCAUUCCCUUUCAUUUUUAACUUUUUGAGGUCUUCAUGAAGAAGAGACAGAUAAUCUGCAAGUGAUCUCCCCUCCUCCC